AUGGCGCUUUACGGGGCGCCAAUAUGGGCGGGCACCCUGAGAACUCGAAGUGCGGUGCUAUUGCGUCGGCCGCAGAGGGCCAUAGCUCUCAGGGUGGCUAGAGCGUAUCGCGAUAACUCGCACGCAGCAGCCGGCCUGCUAGCCGGGAGCCCGCCUUGGGACCUUGAAGCCAAGGUUCAGUCCGCGGUCUAUUGGCGGGUGCUAGCAGUAAGGAGGGAGGAAAACUGGCCCGCCCCUCAAGAAGUUCGCAAGUGGCGGGAAGAAGCACGAGAGGUGCUCUAUGAAAAAUGGUCGGAGCGUCUGGAGAUCCCGGGAGCUAGCCGGGACCUGGUGGCCGCUCUCCUGACGGGGCACGGCUGCUUCGGCUGGUACCUGUGUGAGAGGGUGGGAAGAGAGCCGACGACAGUGUGCCACCAUUGUGAUGGAAGAGCCGUGGACACGGCCCAACACACGCGCGAGAUAUGCCCUGCAUGGGCGGAGCCUCGCGCUGCCCUGGCCGCGGCUGUGGGAGGAGACCUCUCACUGCCGGCGCUAAUACGCCGUAUGAUCAGCAGUGAGGAGGCAUGGUUGGCAGUGGCUUCCUUUAGCGUCACCGUUCUGACACAAAAGGAAACCGCAGAACGAUCGCGCGAGGACGACGCAAACUCGCUUCCUCAGCGCCGAAGGAGGCCAGGUAGGCGGAGAAGAGCCUUCGCAGCAAGGAUAAUGCCGCCUUAA